AUGGAGCAAAUCGAAGUGUCCCCCGAUGGCAGCACUGCUGACCUACACGAAGCCAACCUUCCACCAGUGGAUCGGGGCCGCGGCGCAUGGGGUUUCCUUGCAGCAUGUUUCAUGAUUGAAGCUUUAAUCUGGGGAUUCACAUUUUCCUACGGAAUUUUCCAGGAUUAUUAUAGCACUCAUGAGCCUUUCAAGAGCUCUGGAGACAUUGCUGUGGUUGGAACUUGUGCGAUGGGUAUUUCCUACAUGCUCUUGCCCCUCGCCUUCAUUAUGAUUCAGGGUCUUCCCCGCUUCAAGCUGUGGGCUGCCCCAGUGGGCUUUCUGAUUAUGUGUCUCGCGCUCGCAAUGAGCUCUUUCGCUAAGACGACAACCCAUCUCAUUGUCUCCCAAGGUGUCGCGUACGGAAUUGGCUCAAGUUUGGCGUAUGCACCGACCAUUGUCUUCAUGGAUGACUGGUUUGUGCAAAGGAAGGGACUUGCCUUUGGCAUUAUGUGGGCUGGAACCGGGGUAUCAGGCGUUAUUCUUCCAAUUGUCUUGCAGUGGCUACUGGAUAGCUUUGGCCAUCAGACAGCUCUUCGGGCCUGGUCUAUCAUUCUCCUCGUUAUGGGCGGUCCACUUCUCUUCUUUGUUCGACCUCGACUCCCCAUUUCCCGCACCUCGCGAUCUCGACCACUAGAUUUCCGCUUCUUGUGGAACUCAACAUUCGUGAUUUACGAGACUGGAAACAUUCUCGAAGCCAUGGGCUACUUCCUCCCGACUAUCUAUCUUCCCACCUAUGCCCGCACCGUCGGGGCAAGCGGCCUCCAAGCAACCUUGACGGUCAUCUUAUUCAACCUUGCAUCUGUCUUCGGCUGUAUCGCCAUGGGAUCAAUGGUAGAUCGAUUCCACGCUACGACGUGCAUUCUCGCCUCCACCGUCGGAAGUACCAUUGCCGUAUUCUUGAUAUGGGGAUUCGCCGAUUCUCUUCCUCCGCUGUACAUAUUCUGCAUCUUCUACGGCCUGUUUGCCGGGUGCUUUACCUCCACCUGGCCCGCCAUCGUCAAUGAAGUUCGAAAGAAGAGUGCGUAUACCGAUCCUAGUAUUGUCUUCGGAUUCUUGUCCACUGGUCGGGGAAUUGGAAACGUCAUCAGCGGUCCCCUUAGCGAAGCAUUGCUGAAGAACGACGCAUGGAAGGGAGCAGCUGCGAAGGCAUAUGGAUCUGGCUAUGGUCCUUUGAUUGUUUUCACGGGAAUUUCUGCACUGCUUGGUGGCUUUGGUGUGGUGAUGAGGUCCUCUAAGAUUUCAUCAUUAUGA